UUCGAAUUUCUUCAAACCUUACCUUCAACCUGAGUUACUAGUGAAAAUAUUAACCCCUUCUCAUGGAUUUUGUUCCUGAGCGAGAAGGUGUUGUUAAAGAUGAGAAGACAGGUGAGCUUUAUAUCCCUGCCACACGUCGACCUGAUGGAACAUGGAGAAAGCCCAGAAAAGUUAAAGAUGGAUAUGUUCCCCAGGAGGAAGUUCCUGUAUAUGAAAAUCGGGGAGUGCAGUGGAUGAAGAGUCGACCAACCCUGCCACCCGGUCUAAACCCAGAUGAUGUGGAGGCAACAAAAAAAUCCGAUAGCCAACCCAUGUCAAAGUCUGCUAAAAAGAAUGCCAAGCGGAAAGAAAAGAAAAAACAGCAGCAGGAAUCUGGCACAGCAGGGAGGGGGGAAAGUGUGGAUAACGUAACUCAGACUCUGGCAGCUUCUAAAAUUUCUGAAGAUUCUCAGAAGCAGGCCCCACCAAGUGAUAAAGCAGCUAUAGAAAAGAAACUUAGGAACUUGAGAAAGAAAUUAAAACAAGUGGAUGACUUAAAAGCUAAAAUUGACUCAGGUGAACUAAAAAGUCCUGAAAAAGAGCAGCUUGCAAAGGUAGCAAAGAGACAAGAAUUAGUGGAUGAGAUUGAAGACUUGGAGUUAGAUUUAGAAGACUGAUUCUGCAGUGAACAUAGUGAUUGUAAAUUUUAUCAAAAUGAAUUUCAACAUGUACAUGUUGUAGGUAAAUUUAAAGUACAUGUAUAAAUAAGACUUUAUGAAUUAAUUAUGGAACAUUUUCUCAAAGGUCCAUCAUGUUUUUUUUUUUUAAA